AUGACUCAAGAUCUGAGUGUCGACCGCCCUAUGGAGGCUCGCACUGGAAGAGAGAACCAGAGAUACGGAUCACAAGGAGAACGCCUUGUCGCCGGCAUCGUACCCCUCUCCAACGACCGCAAAUCUGUCCUCCUCAUCCAAUCAAUGCGCCGCGGCGGCUGGGUCCUCCCCAAAGGCGGUUGGGAAGUCGACGAGACGGUCGAAGAAGCCGCCUGCCGCGAGGCCUGGGAAGAAGCCGGUGCCGUCUGCAAAAUCCACACCGACCUGGGCAAGAUCCCUGAAAAGAGGAAACCUGAUCAACUCACCGAAAAGGCUCCCAAAGCCGCAUACCAUUUCUUCGAGGCUACCGUCGACGAGGUCAAGGAGGAGUGGCCGGAAAAGCACAAGCGUAAGAGAAGGUGGAUGGGCUACCAGGAGGCCAUUGGCCUGUUGAAGGACAGGCCUGAGCUGUCGGAAGCUCUCAACAGAAGCAGCAUCGACAAGCAGCUCUGA